UAUAUAUAUAGAAAUGGAUAUUUCAUCAUUUGCAGACAAAGUAGCCAAAGUUCGCGAUGGCUAACGCGAACAUGAUCUAAUAUGAGAAUAUCACCUAAGACAAUUCGUGAAGCCCGACAGAUCUCGAGGCUUCUACCGCCGUUAUUGAGACCCACGCGAUCCUUGGAAGUCGCUACACAAGAACUUCUGUGGAUCAAACGAGAACUCCCGAAAUCUGCUUGGAAAAAUGCAGUUUUACAAAGAAUGAACCACACUCCUCUCCAGUAUAUUCUUGGAACUCAGCCUUUUGGUGAUAUGGACUUGAUAACCAAACCAGGUGUUUUGAUACCACGCUGGGAAACCGAAGAGUGGGCUGUAAAAGUGCUAGACUUUUUGAUUAGCAACUCUGCUAAUAACAUUCGUAUUCUCGAUGCUUGUACUGGAACAGGAUGUAUCCCUCUAUUAUUGAAUAGUCAGCUCCAAAAGGCAGGUAUACCUCACACCAUCAAGGCCAUAGAUAUAUCGCCACGUGCAAUUGAAAUUGCAAAUGAGAAUAGUACCAAGUAUCUGUCAACAGUGGAGUUUGAACAACAAAAUCUCUUCACGUUGAAACCAGAACCAUUUGACUUAGUAACUUCCAACCCUCCGUACAUUCCAAUGAAGGACUAUCUUUCGACUGAGGUGGAGAAGUCUGUAAGACGGUAUGAGCCAAAAGAGGCGCUUAUUGGUGACUUGGAGUUCUAUACGCAGUUGGUGCACACGGUUGAUGACUGUGAUGCUGAUAACUUCAUUUUUGAAUUGGGGUACCAAACACAAGCCGAGCAUGUAAAGAGGCUCGUCAGUCUGGAGUGGACUGUUGGUACACUAAACGAUUCGGCUGGAAACUUGCGGUGUGUAAUUGGGUCCAAGAACAUGGAAUUGAACCUUACAAGCCUAUGCAAUACAAUUAUGUAAAUAGUGUAAAUAAUGUACAAUAGCUAUCAUUUUUCCAACUCCAUAGAGUCUUCAGGUACGAAUGAAGUGUCUUCCUUCUGGGAAUCUUCAGGUACGUAGGGAGUUUCUCCCCUCUGAGAAUCUUCAGGCUCCAUUGAACUUUCAUCUUUUUUAGGAGUUUUCCUUCUUCCCAUUCCUCUUCCAACGGCCUGGACAGAUUCUUUGGGAAACACUCUGGUACCCACCAUGAUAUAACCUCCAUAACCUCUCAUUGUCAUCAAUGGAUGAAUUCUACCAGGAAUGGUUUGAUAAGGUCUGACUCUCGUUUCAAAUAUAGAAGGAGCCAAUAUUCUCUUAUCGGAACUCAAGAAAUGCUGAGUUUGGAGUAAUGUCUCCUUGAACUGGCUGUAAACGGUAAUGGGUCUCGAACCCCCGACCUUCGGAAUCACAAAUGGCAAGUAGGUGGUAGGAUCCAAGGUUGUUAUCGAAAUAAAUGCAUCAAAGUUACCUUGUUGAACCAUUUCGAUGACUUCAUUUAUGUCAUUAGCCCUCUUUUGACGCCUAUAGUACUGAGACCUCUUUGGAGCCUUCAUUUCAUUUAGUUCAGCUUCACUGAACGAUUGGAAAUCAAUUUUCUCGUUUUCAGGUUCCAAAAUUUGCAACCAGUUGAUCAUCUUCACUUUGCUUCUGAUCAAAUCAUCAGACAAAUUCGAAUGCUUUAAAGCAC